GUCAUUUUAGGAAGGUGACCUGUGGGCCAUCAGACAGGGAGAGAAUGCGACGGGCUGAGCUCAUGACCAAAACGUCUGUGAGGAGGAGGUGAAUAGUAGUUUCGCUUGGGGCAGGACACACAUUGGGUCUUUAAAGCAACGGUUGCAAAAAGGACAAGAGCAGAACCAGUGAAUACUGUGAAAAGGUUGGAAAGAUAGCUGAGCCAGGAUCUGAGGAGUGGUCAGGAAGACUUGCGGUUCCAGUACAAGGCAGAGAAGAUGGAUACAGACCAGGGGCUGAAAUGGGCAACAGAAUUGAUUGAGCAGAAGCUGGCUCUGGAGGAGGAGCAACAGAAACAUUGCUCCUGUCCCCCUGCAAUGCCCCCAGAAGUGACACGGAUAGACACCCCACUUCUGGAAGAUGAGAAGCGGCAUGGACCUAUCAACAAAGGCCUUGAGGGGCUUAAGAGACAAGAAAGGGUGCGGAAGAGUUCCGUGGACCUAAGGCGGGAGAUCAUUGAAGUCGGUGGCACCCAGUACCUCUUUGAGCUACGCAAAAAACCAAAAAAGAAGAAGGAGGAGAAGAAACCAGAGCCUGAGCCAGAGGAAAUUACAGGCCCCGUGCCUGAAGAGAGCUUCUUGAAAGCUGCCGUGCAGGGCAAGGUGCAUGUGGUGGACAAGUUCCUGGCAGAUGGGGGCUCACCGGACACCUGUGAUGAGUUCCGAAGGACUGCUUUGCACCGUGCCUCACUUGAGGGAUACACAGAAAUUGCAGAGAAACUUUUGGCCCGAGGUGCCACUGUUGACUUCAGAGAUCGACUGGACUCCACAGCCAUGCAUUGGGCCUGCCGUGGCGGACACUUGGACGUGGUGAAGCUGUUGCAGGAGAAAGGAGCCAAUCUCAAUGUCAAAGACAAGCUUCUUAGCACCCCUCUUCAUGUGGCCACCCGCACCGGCAUGGCUGACAUUGUGGAGCAUCUAAUAAACAAUGGGGUGGAUGUCAAUUCCUGCGACCGGGAGGGAGAAAGCGCCCUGCAUGAUGCUGUGCGCCUCAAUCGCUACAAGAUCAUCAAGAUGUUGAUUCUGCAUGGGGCAGAUAUGAUGGGCAAAAACCUGGCUGGAAAAAGCCCUAUAGAUCUGGUGCAGUUAUGGCAGGCAGACACACGGGAAGUGCUGGAGAAGCAAGAACCAAAUACAACCGAGAUGCCAGCAUGAAGCACAGAUGGACAAAAGAAGACAGAUGGGACUCCAAACAAGGAUGGUUCUGGACUCAGAGUGAUUAAGGAUCAAUAAAGAACCCAUGCAAAGGAAAAA